CGGACUCAAACCAGGACGAAACCACUUCACGGUGUUUCUCUGAGCGGACGCCGCGGUGCGAGGCUCUAGUCCCGGGGAGCGCCUGUUUCUCUGCGCCGCUCUGCUCCGGAUCAUUUGAUGGGAAAGCGCAAAAGACGCAAGGUUCGGCUCCUGGCGCACGAGCUGCUACUUUACGUUUGUGAGUGAAAAACGCCGCGCGGGGCUGAGACAUGUUUGAAAAGGAGCUGAAGGCAUCGCGUUUGGAAACAACACGGACUUUUUAGAAGCGCCAUUCGUGAAUCUUGCGCUUGCGGGAGCUCGUGUGCGCGUUUUUUGUGAGUGUUUUUUGAAAAAGCGGCGGCUCGGAUUCACGGCUCCAUGCCUCAGCCCGAGUCUUGAGUCUUGGGGGGGGGAAGCUUGAACCGCGGCACAAAGGCCCCCCUCCACCCGCCCACUCCCCCUUAUUUCACUGGCACCUGAUCAACGCGGGGGGAAAAUGCGCGUGGAUCUGUUCUGGUUGUGUUUUUGGGGGGUUCUGCGGUUGGGGGCCACCGGUCAAGGACAGCCGACCGCCGCCGUGUGCUCGCCCGUGUGCAGCUGCGAUGAAGAUGGGGGCGCCGACUGCUCCGGGAAAGGGCUGACCACGGUGCCCACGGGACUCCGCGCCUUCACCUACUACCUUGAUUUGAGCAUGAACAACAUCACCGAACUGCCAGCCUUCGUCUUCAAGAACUUGCCGUAUUUGGAGGAACUGCGGCUGGCGGGAAACGACUUGUCAUUCAUCCACCCGGAGGCUCUGUCUGGACUCCACCAGCUCAAAGUCCUGAUGCUUCAAAACAACCAGCUGAGGACUGUGCCAAGUGCGGCCCUGAAGAACCUGCACUCUCUUCAGUCUCUGCGUUUGGAUGCUAACCACAUCACCAGCGUCCCGGACGACAGUUUUGAGGGGCUUCAGCAGCUCCGUCAUCUUUGGUUGGACGAUAACAACCUGACGGAGGUUCCAGUGGGCUCCCUCAGACACCAGGCCAACCUUCAGGCCCUGACGCUGGCGCUGAACCGCAUCUCGCACAUACCGGACCACGCCUUCGCUAACCUGACCAAUCUCGUUGUGCUGCAUCUCCAUAACAACCGUAUUAAGGCCAUCGGGGAGAAGUGCUUUGCUGGUCUGGUGAAUCUGGAGACGCUAGAUCUUAACUUCAAUAACUUGAUGAUUUUUCCCAAAGCGAUCGAGGCCCUGCCCAAACUUAAAGAGCUUGGCUUUCACAGUAACGACAUUGCUUCCAUACCUGAAGGGGCCUUCCAUAACAACCCCCUGCUACGAACCAUACAUUUAUACGACAACCCUCUGUCGUCUGUGGGGGCCACGGCGUUUCAAAACCUGUCCGACCUGCACUCACUGAUGUUGCGUGGAGCCAGCAAAAUGGAGAACUUUCCCAUUCUCACAAAUACCAACAACCUGGAGAGUCUGACGCUGUCGGGCACCAAAAUAUCCACAGUCCCCGCAAAUCUGUGUGACGACCUGAAGCUUCUGAGGACUCUGGAUCUGUCCUAUAACGACAUCGUGGAUUUACCGUCGUUCCAGGGCUGCGUUCGACUCCAGGAAAUAAGCUUUCAGCACAACUCCAUCCAGAAGAUCGACCGAGACACUUUUCAGGGUCUGUCUUCUCUGCGUUUGCUAGACCUGAGCAGAAACCAGAUCCGAGUGAUUCACAAAGACGCUUUUCUCACACUGUCGGCGCUCACCAACCUAGAUCUGAGCAUGAACUCUCUGACCCUGGUUCCCACGAGCGGACUGAGUUCACUGAGUCAACUCAAACUGUCCGGAAACCCCCAGAUGAAGAACGUGCUGCCUGCGAAAACACUGCCCAAACUCAGGUCCAUCUCCGUGCCCUACGCCUACCAGUGCUGCGCCUUUUCCGGAUGUGACCAGUCGAGUUUAGAAGAAAACGACGCGAAGAAAUCAGGCGGAGAGGAAGUGGAAAGGAUCUCCAUGUUGAUGCAUUGCUCCCCUUCGCCAGGCGCCUUUAAACCCUGCGAGCACUUGUUGGGGAACUGGAUGAUACGUCUGACCGUGUGGUUCAUUUGUCUGGUGGCUCUCGUCUUCAACGGUUUGGUUCUCGUGGCCACGUUUGGGCCGACUCACCGGACGGCCCGACACCCCUACGCUCUGCCCCCCAGCCUGCCCCCGGCCCGGCUGCUCAUGGGGCUGUUGGCGCUGGCGAACCUCCUCUCUGGACUCUACGUGGGGAUCCUGACCGCGCUGGACCUCGCCACUUGGGGCUCGUUCGCCGAGUUCGGGGUGUGGUGGGAGAUGGGCCCGGGGUGUCAGAUCACAGGGGUGCUGGCGGUGUUCUCCUCCGAGUGGUCGAUUCUGUUGCUGGCGUUGGCGGCGGUGGAGCGGAGCGCGUCGGUACGUGUGAUCCUGGGGAAGGUCAUGCUGUCCCCCCGCAGGAGCAGCUCUCACGGGGGGUGCUGGAGAGGGAGUCGGCGCUUCAGUCUGGCCGCGGGGGUCCUGGCUGUCCUGGCCGCGGCCGGAGCCUGUCUGCCGCUCCUGACCUCCAGUGACCAGGCGUCGCCCCUGUGCCUGCCCUUCGCGGGGGUGGACAGUCCGGCUCUGAGCGUCACCGUGGUGCUGGUGCUGCUCAAUGCUCUGGCGUAUCUGUUCACGGCGGCGGUUUACACACAGCUCUACUGCCACCUGGGCCGCGUGGAGCUGGCCGACCCGGAGCAGUCUGGGGCCCUGCGGCACGUGGCCUGGCUCAUCUUCACCAACUGUAUCUUCUUCUGCCCCGUCGCCGCCUUCUCAUUUGCCCCUCUCCUCACGGGGUCCGCCGGCGGUCCGGAGAUCGCCAAGUCCGUCACACUGAUCUUCUUCCCGCUGCCCGCCUGUUUGAAUCCUGUGCUGUACGUGUUCUUCAGCCCGGCCUUCAGGGAGGACUGGUCCAGGCUGCGCGGCCUCAGAGGGGCGUCCCGAGAGGUCAAAGGUGAGGGUCAGUGUGACGACGGGGGCGGGAGCUCGGAGCUGACGGAUCGAGGCUCGUCUACGUUGGGCUCUGAGUGCGGGCUGUACUCUCAGCUCUGCGCAGAGGUGUGUGAGCGCUGCGAGGCGGCUCUGCACGCCCGGACCUGUCCCUCCAGCGCCUCCGUGUGCAGACACUUGGUGAAGGCGCACAGCUGUCCCACCCUCUCGGGGGCGCCGUUGUGCCCGCGCGCAGAGGGUUUUUGGGCGGACAGCGGUACGCCUCUGGCCCAGUCGGAGUACGCGGACGAGGGCGACUCUUUUGUAUCGGACAGUUCAGAUCAGGUGCAGGCCUGUGGCAGGGCCUGUUUCUGUCAGAGCAGAGGACUUCCACUGGUACAUUACUCAUACAACAUACCUCGAGUCAAGGACUGACCUGCACUAUCAGAGACGCUUCAAACUCAAUGUGCCAACUACCGUUAAAAAGACUACAAAAGCACUUAGGUAUGUACUUACUGUGUAAACAGAAAUGCAACCAUUUAUUUAAAGGGAUCUGAGUGGCGUGUUAAGGACAUGUUUUUACUCUGAGCACAUCACGUUAAGACUCAAACAGUGAAUCUGUUGCCACGGUGCCUCUGGAUCUCAUGUCGUCAAAGACUCAGUUCGUGUUAUAAGCUUUUAAAAUGUUUUAUUUGUAUGCUUCUUGUUGAUUCCUAAGCUUCUUCACCCCAAAAUAAUUUUUAUUUGGAUGUAUGAUUUUUAUAAGUGAAAUGUAGCACAUGUAUCCUGUUCUUUGGUUUGUGUGAAUGUAUUUGAGGUGGUCUCUCUCGCCCUUAGGUGGAGGACACUGUAACUUCAGCAAUAACUUGUGUACGUCUGUGAUGGUAAUCAGCACAAGAAUGAUUUAGCUCCACGCCCUGGUCCGUGAAUAAACACCUCUGGUUUGGUGUAACCAAGACUAAGAAUGUGAUUAAAGUAGCAGAUUUCACUGUUUGGCCACAGCUCCCAUGCUCCGCGGGACAUUAUUUAUUGUUGGAGCAGCAGGAAAGUCUGGGAGUCUUCAGCUGUGGAAAUGGCCUUUACAUUAGUAAACUCGAAUACAUGAUAAUUCAACAGCAAAAUAGAAACAAUUACAUGCAAAACAAAAAUAUCUUUGGUUUAUAAAAGGAAGUAGAUCAAGAAUUACAUAAUCAGAAGUUUAAAAAUAAAAAAUAAUCAGCACUCGUUAAUCCGGUGUACACAAUCAGGAAUUUACAUGAGCGUUAUCCCAGUUUUCCUGGUUUUCUGCUGGAUGUGCAUCAGACAGGCAGCUGAGUCAACAAGAAACAGGCCAAAUAUUUUAUAAUGAACUUUAAUAACAAAUCUUCAGUCACAGAUUCAUGCAGAACCAAUAUUAGUAUUACAAUAAGUAUUACAGCGAAUGAUGCAACAGCCUGAAUACCCACUAUGAAAACAGAUCAGGUGUAAAUGUCCCUUUGGUCGAGCUGCAGGUUUAAUGCAGAGAGCCGCAGUGUGACGGGGUUUGGCUGGUGUAUGUAGAGCAUGACUGUACACAUAAAGGUGGGUCCGCCCUUGCAGCGUGUAUCCACAAGUGCACAUCAUGUGAGCGCUCAGGAAUUUAGGCAAUGUUCAUUUGUAGUUCGUUCAAUUCAGACUUUUUCUAACCUGUUUAGGCGUCGCAUAUUGUCCUGUUUUUCUGUUGAUCUGAUUCCAAAUGUGUGGUGCUUGUAAAUCUGACAGAAUAAAUGUAAUCAAGAAUGGGAUGCUAAGUUAAGGAAGCUACCUCCAUAAAUGCAUAGGCUGCGCUUUGUUUCAUUUGCUUUAUGUUGAGAAAUGUACCAUAUUGUUUUAAUUCAAAUGUGGGAGGUUGUGUACUGUAAACUGUGAUUAUUUUGUUAGCCAAAAAAUAAACUAUGAAUUAUUAUUUUAUCUUUUAUAGAUGGGAUGGAAAGUAUAAAACGUUUCACAGAAAUUCAGUCUAAAUUAAUGUUUUUAGUUCCGUUAUCAGAGAUCCCCAGGUUUUUGUUCUAGUCAAAUAAUUUGUUCUAAUUGUGAAUAAAAUAAAUUGAAUUACGUGCGU